AUGAACGACAUCUACAAGGCAGCGGUUGAGCAGCUGACUGAUGAACAGAAAAAUGAGUUCAAGGCCGCCUUUGACAUCUUCGUACAAGAUGCAGAGGACGGCUGCAUCAGCACCAAGGAGCUGGGGAAGGUGAUGAGGAUGCUGGGCCAGAACCCCACGCCAGAGGAGCUGCAGGAGAUGAUUGACGAGGUGGAUGAAGACGGGAGUGGCACGGUGGAUUUUGACGAGUUCCUGGUCAUGAUGGUGAGGUGCAUGAAGGACGACAGCAAGGGGAAGUCAGAGGAAGAGUUGGCGGAGCUGUUUCGCAUGUUUGACAAGAACGCAGAUGGUUACAUUGACCUGGAUGAGCUGAAAAUGAUGCUGGAGUCUACAGGAGAGGCAAUUACUGAGGAUGACAUCGAGGAGCUGAUGAAAGACGGGGACAGGAACAACGAUGGCAAAAUUGACUAUGAUGAGUUCCUGGAGUUCAUGAAAGGAGUGGAGUAAUCCUGAAAAAAGAUCCAGAGUGUUAUUUUUGUAUUUCUCUGUGAGUCCACGGUGAUCUGUGGAGAACUGGAAGCUGACUUUGGAUGCCAUUGAGAGAUCCUUGGAACGACUUUGCAAGAUUUAGUCAAAUACUGUAUCCGAAUGUUUCUGUAUUUUUCUACCAUCUCUUGCAUUGUUGUAAAUACAGAUUGUAACUACUUUUGGAGCCCAUGUAUACUGAAUUUGUGUAAAUGUAUCCAAAUGACUUUUUUUUCUUCUCAUUUUCUAGAGAGGACACGUAGCAUAACAGUUUGGCUGCUUAGAAAUAUCAACUUGUGUGUUUGUUUCCGGCUCAAUCUUAUCUCUGAAGUGCCACAGCCAGUUUACAAAUCUUCUUACUGAGAGGCUGAUAUUGUUUAGCUGUGCAGAAAAUGUAUGUGUGCACAAAUCAGAACGUAUCCAUGAGGCAACAUUGUUUUACACCAUGGGCUCUGGUAGACUAAUCACACUUUUUGAGCAAUGCACUGGAUGCAGUCUGUAUACUGUGCAUGUAAUGAAGUGCACAUACAAUUCUGUAUGUUUCAGAUACCCUCAGGACUUUUUACUCCUCUCUCAUGUCCCUGAAAUGUCUGCAGCGUCUGCACAUUUCUACAUGAAAAAGUUGGAAUGUGCGCUCAUGUAAUAAACAAGAUGCAUUUGUCAAAAGCA